AUGCUGUCCUACAGCGUGCUGGACGCCAACGUGGUGGACGUGGAGAAGAGAAGGAACCCCUCGAAGCACUACGUCUAUAUCAUCAAUGUAACAUGGUCAGACCUGACUUCCCAGAUCAUCUACCGGAGAUACAGCAAGUUCUUUGACCUGCAGAUGCAGCUUCUGGACAAGUUUCCCAUUGAAGGAGGACAGAAAGACCCCAAACAAAGAAUCAUCCCUUUUCUACCAGGUAAGAUCCUGUUCCGGAGGAGCCAUGUCCGAGAUGUAGCUGUGAAGAGGCUGAAGCCCAUUGAUGAGUACUGCAGGGCGCUGGUUCGACUUCCCCCUCACAUUUCACAGUGUGAUGAAGUCUUCAGAUUCUUUGAGGCUCGUCCAGAAGACCUCAACCCUCCAAAAGAGGACUAUGGAUCUUCAAAGAGAAAAUCAGGUGCUGAUGCUAGCUCUGAACCCAUGAUCCUGGAGCAAUAUGUGGUGGUGUCCAACUAUGAGAAGCAGGAGAACUCUGAGAUCAGCCUCCAAGCUGGAGAGGUCGUGGAUGUCAUAGAGAAAAAUGAAAGUGGAUGGUGGUUUGUGAGCACUGCAGAGGAGCAGGGCUGGGUCCCUGCUACAUACCUGGAAUCCCAAAAUGGAACCAGAGAUGAUUCUGACAUCAACACAUCCAAAACUGGGGAAGUUUCUAAGCGACGCAAGGCUCACCUGAGGCGCCUGGACCGGCGAUGGACGCUGGGCGGGAUAGUCAACAGGCAGCAGAGUCGAGAGGAGAAAUAUGUCACUAUUCAGCCGUACGCCAGCCAGGGGAAGGAUGAGAUUGGGUUCGAAAAAGGGGUCACCGUGGAGGUCAUCCAAAAGAACCUGGAAGGAUGGUGGUACAUCAGGUAUCUUGGAAAAGAGGGCUGGGCCCCAGCUUCAUAUCUGAAGAAGGCUAAAGAUGAUCUUCCAUCUAGAAAAAAGAACUUAACUGGGCCAGUGGAAAUCAUUGGAAACAUCAUGGAGAUCAGCAACCUGCUGAACAAGAAAUCCACUGACAAGGAAACUCAAGCAGAAAAUGAGACCUCAGAAACACAUAUCACCAAGAAGGAAAUCAGUUUGCCUAUUCUUUGCAAUGACUCUAAUGGUAAUGCCAUGAUGACACCGGACAAGCAGGCUUCCAAACUGGCCCAGGGAUCUCCAGCCAUAGCAAGGAUAGCGCCACAAAGAGCUCAGAUAAGUUCUCCAAAUUUAAGAACAAGGCCACCCCCACGAAGAGAAUCCAGUCUGGGUUUUCAGUUGCCCAAACCACCAGAGCCACCCUCUGUGGAAGUGGAAUACUACACCAUUGCAGAGUUCCAGUCGUGUAUCUCUGAUGGGAUAAGCUUUCGCGGUGGACAAAAGGCAGAGGUUAUAGAAAAGAAUUCUGGUGGCUGGUGGUAUGUGCAGAUUGGAGAGAAGGAAGGAUGGGCUCCAGCAUCUUACAUUGACAAGAGGAAGAAGCCAAAUUUAAAUAGAAGAACAAGUACUUUAACCCGCCCGAAAGUUCCUCCCCCAGCACCACCCAGUAAACCUAAAGACUCUGAAGAAGGAACGACUGGAAUGGUUUCUUCAGAGAAUACCCAGGACUCUCCCCACAAGGUGAAAUAUGAAGAACCUGAGUAUGAUGUGCCUGCCUUUGGCUUUGAUUCAGAGUGUGAAGUAAAUGAAAGUCAUCGUGAAGAGGGCACUCCUGAGAAACGACUGUUUCAGCCCCUCAAGCCCUCUCCUGUGUCAUCACUUCAGAAAGCAAAGUUCAAAGUAGGAGAGUCUUCAGAGGAUGUUGCUAAUGAAGAAGAGACCAUUUAUGAGAAUGAGGGGUUCAGGCGUUAUGUGGAAGAUUCUUUGUCCAAUAAGGAAUCUAGUGGAGACUCUGAUUCUCAGAAAAGCUCUUCUCUUUCUUUGAUUCGAAGGAACUCGCCAUGUUCUCUCUCUCCUAAAUCAUCGUUCAUGAAGCCCAAGAUGGAAAAAGACAUCCAGCCCGAGAUUGGAAAAUGUCACUAUUCUAGGAGUGAGGAGACAAAACCAAGAUCAGCUUCAGAUGUUGGCUUACGUAGCGUGCCAAGAACAGGCAUGAAGAAAGAGCCUGGGCAGAGUCCUUCAAUUAGAGCAAAACCAAUUGUUAGGCCCAAACCAUUCCUGAACAAGGCAGAUUCUCAGAGUCAAGAAAAGAUGGAUAUCAGCACUUUAAGGCGUCAGCUGAGGCCAACUGGGCAACUCAGAGGUGGACUUAAAGGUUCGAGAAGUGAAGAGUCUGAAAGCCCACCACACACAGCUUCUGAAAACCACGAUGACCAUGUGAGGAGGGGCUCAGCUGACCUCAUUACAGUUCCUUCCCGUGGCAUUUUCUGUUCUAGCCAUCCAGCCAAAACUGAGCAGGAAAAUGAUUCCAGGUGUUUCUAUGUGACCACUGACUCAUACCAGAAGGUACAGGAUUCUGAAAUUUGCUUCCCAGCAGGAGUGGAAGUGGAAGUGCUUGAAAAGCAAGCCAGUGGGUGGUGGUACCUGAAAUAUGGAGAUAUGGAAGGCUGGGCUCCUUCCCAUUACUUGGCUCUCCCUGAUAACCAGCAAGAAACCACAUCAGUGGAGACCGAUGCCUCAUUCACCAGGAACAGGAAAAAUGAAAAUAAAUCAAACAGCUUAGAGAAGAUAGAGAAGAGGGUUCAGGCUUUGAACACCAUCAACCAGAGCAAACGUGCAACACCACCCAUCCCAAGCAAACCUCCAGGUGGAUUUUCAAAAACAUCAGGACCUGUAAAAAUGCGGAAUGGUGUGAGGCAGCUUGCUGUCCGGCCUCAGUCGGUGUUUGUCUCCCCACCACCUAAGGAUAACAACUUGUCGUGUUCCUUGCGCAGAAAUGAGUCUUUAACAGCCACAGACCAUCUUAGAAAUGUGCGUCGCAAUUCCUCCUUCAGUAAUGCACGGUCACAGCCAGGUGAUGCAAAGGGAAAGCAGCCUGAGAGGUCGGGCUCCGAGGGUUCAGAGCCCACCUCCAACCUCCCCAGCCAGAGGAAUGGGAUCCCCGUGUCUACUGUCAGGCCAAAGCCCAUUGAAAAAUCCCAGUUCAUCCAUAACAACCUCAAGGACAUCUAUGUUUCGAUUGCAGACUAUGAAGGGGAUGAGGAGACUGCAGGAUUUCAAGAAGGUGUCUGCAUGGAGGUCCUUGAAAGGAACCCAAAUGGCUGGUGGUACUGCCAGAUCAUGAAUGGUGUGAAGCCAUUCAAGGGCUGGGUGCCCUCAAAUUAUUUGGAGAAAAAGAACUAGUAUUGCAAUAUCUUCAACCUCCCUAAUUUAUACUGUUCCUGCUGUGUACAUGUGGAAAAAAAUAACUGCUAUACACAAAGACCUUUCCCAUGUGCCCCAGUUUGUACAAAGGGACAAAGGAGUCUAUGCUGAGGACAAAUCUGCCAUGUUCUGGAGAGGUUUGUGGGGUUAACAUGUUGUAAGCAACUAUGAAGAUGCAGCAGUCAACUGCCUUUUUGUGAAGUUGUUAAUAAUCUUAUAUGUGUAACAGGGUAUGACAUCCCAUCUUUCCCGUUAUUGAUAGGAAACCAAGUGUGUGCCUUUCAUGAGAGAAAUACACAUGCAUCUCAACUUGGGGAGUUCUGUGCCAAACUCUUUUACAAUCUUGGCUCCCUUUUCUCCUCGUUCUUGUCCGUAUGUGGAAUACCCAAGAGUUUCAGAUGCAUUUCUACAACUUGCAGUGAGAAGCAAAUGGAAUUUUCUGAAACACAAAGGGACUCAAAUCCUUUGGAGAAGCUUUUUUUUUUUUUUUUUUUUUUUUUUUGUCUUCUUCUCAACAGUUGUUUGGUCCAGAGUUGGAGCCUUUUCAUCGUGGAGAGAUUUGGUCUCUGACUUCAUCUGUGUGUUCUUUCUGCUAAUUCACCCGGAAUGGCGAUCAGGUGGUGUUGGUUGGAGGGCUCCUUGUUUCCUUUCUUUCUGUCUCCUUCUUUGAGUUGAUAUCAGGUGUUCUGGGGCAGCAAUGCCUACUGGUGCUUGUAAAAACAAACCUACAAACCCCAUGCUUAAGCACGUUUAUUACUUUGUAAGCUCCCUAUUUAGUUCUGUGCCUGACUUCUGCCAGGAGAUCCUGGUUGAGUCUCUUUACAGAACUGGGUUUCUCAAAACUUGUCAUAAAAUCAAAAUGUACAAAAGUCCCUUAAGACACUGAAGAUGUGGCUGUCAAAUGCGUUGCUUCUGCUUUUCUAGCAGUCUGGUCCAAAUCCAAGCAUACUGUCUGCUAGCAGGGCCCAUAGAGGUAUUAGUUAGAAAUAGCUGUAACCUUCUGCAACAUCAGUGUUUACAACGAGGGGGAAAAAAAGCCAUCAAACUCGGUCUGCACAUCUUUAAUUUGUAUAUUUUUGGGGAAUUGUUUUUCCAUGUUUUGUUUCUUUUCUGUGCAUUCUGGGUUGUUUUGUUUUUUUGUUUUUUUUUUUUUUAGUCUUGGUUUACCAAAAGAGACUUAAAACUGAAGUAGGAGCCAAAUAUGUGUUUCUGUUCCCACUUGAAUCCAAGAAGUACAUUUGUACUGGAAAGUGUGCCUGGGCUUUUCAGGCUCAGGGAUUUAAUAUCAAAGCAAUUAAGUCUAAAACACAUUAACCAGGAAGCUGCCUCUUCUAGUUCCAUUUCUGUUUGUUUUUUUUUAACUCAUGCUUUGAAAUGUGGCACCUGAUGAAGAUGGCGUUGUGUGAAAUAGAAGAGGCAUCCACUGCAGAAGGCUUUGGAAUAUGAAGUUAUUCUUGAGGUAGCCAACUCUUGUACUGUAAACAUCAUUGGCCAAAUCCCUACUGUACUUGAGAAAGCCUUGCUUAUUUUUUUUUUAUUUUUAAAAUGGUUCUGUUAAUCACUCUAAAUCAAAAUCUAAUUCUUUUAAAUAGUAGGUAGUCUUGUGUCUGUUUUAAGAGGGAAGAGGCAAACUAUUUCACUACUGGUUUACACAAGAUGAUCCAUGCCCUUUUUUUCCACCAGAGCUUCAUACGAUUUGGCUUGGAAGGUAAAGGUUACAAAGACUUAAAAAUAGCUGGGUUCGAGGGUCUGAGUAAAAUAGCACAACAGUAUUGUGUGUUACGGGGGAUGUUUCUCUGCCAAAAAAAAAUUAUACAAUUUAUACGUUGUUCU